AUGGCUGACCAAUUAAGUGAAGCACAAAUCACAGAAUUUAAAGAAGCAUUUUCUUUGUUUGAUAAAGACAGUGAUGGUACCAUCACCACCAAAGAACUUGGUACAGUAAUGAGAUCGCUUGGUCAAAAUCCAACAGAGUCAGAAUUACGAGACAUGAUCAAUGAAAUUGAUGCUGAUGGUAAUGGGACAAUUGACUUUCCAGAAUUCUUGACAAUGAUGGCCAGGAAAAUGAAGGAUACUGAUUCUGAACAAGAGAUAAAAGAAGCUUUUAAAGUUUUUGAUAAAGAUGGUAAUGGUUUUAUUUCUGCUGCUGAACUAAGACAUGUUAUGACUAAUCUUGGAGAGAAACUUACUGAACAAGAAGUCGAUGAAAUGCAAAAAUGA